AUGACACAAUUGGUUCACACAAUUUGGGCAUUUUUGUUAAACGUUUUCGGAUUUCCGAUUUUUCGAACGUGUUUCGCUAACGCCAUGGAAGACGAAGAGUGUGAAACACUGCUUUUGGGACCACCGUUUAGUUCAGUUUUCUUCAGCACUGGGGUAUACAUGAUUAUUCUAAAUUCUACACUUUUUCCACGGUCUUUCAACGAGCCAAAAAUGAUUUUCCUGAUGUUAUACGAGUUUCUAGCCACGGCAUUUCUCUUGGAAUUCGCGAUGGCUUGCGUUUGGACACCGAUUGAUGUGCUCUUAUCAACCACAUUGCCAACUAACAUUUACCACACGCUUCGACAGCUUGGGAUGGAGGAUGCAACGGUCUCAUUUCUGACAAAUAAGUCUUUGACGAUGGUUCUAACUUACACUGUGGCAAUCACCUUCUUUUUACUAACGCUUCAUGUCACCGAUUCUGUAGAUUACACGAUUUUCAGAGAUUUUGGAGCAACGCCUUUCAUGUCACACGUACAAGAAAAACUGUGGUGCAGACUACAACAAGAAUUUCCGUUCUUGAACGAAGAAACUAAAGCUUGUCAUUGUAAAAUUCGUCGAAGAAGACGUAGUAAAAGUCACUUGAACAACAGCAGAUAG